UUGCGUCACGCAUUCAUGAGUUCCACGAAAGCGCGAUCGCUGAUAGAGUAUCCGAACAACCAGGUGACCGUCUCCGUGAGAACAACAAAUAUUCAACGUAUUUUCAGAAAUCGACACUUCGUAACUGUUUAUGAAGGAUGGCUGAAGCCCAGAAGAAGGUGGACAUGAGCGCCCUUAAAGACACAUUCCUGGAGUGUCCUGUGUGUGUGGAACAUUUCAACCAGACUGACCGACGUCCUCGUCUCCUCAUAACCUGCCUCCACGCCUUCUGCACACAGUGUCUUCAGCAGCUGCUCGCCAAGGAGGGGAAAGGCCAGAUCACAUGUCCUCUAUGUCGUCAAGUCCACAAUGUCCCAGGGAAGGCGGACUCAUUGCCCUUGGAUCUGGUCCGUGUGAAACUUACUGAUUUUGUUCAGAUGAAGAACGAAGGGAACGUCCCAUGCACAGACUGCCCCGAUGGCAAUACAGCCAAGUCCAGAUGCCAAGAGUGUUCUGUGUAUCUGUGUCAGCAGUGCAUGUAUGUACACAAACGUCAUCAACUGACGCGCGACCAUCAGAUCAUAUCCCUGAGUGAUGCCUUGCAGCAACCCUUGAACAUGUUAGGCAAGCGGCACUGCUGCACUCAUCAUCCUAAACACCAGCUGGAGUUCUUCUGUGUUAUUGAUGAUACACUGUGCUGCAUGUCUUGCACGGUUGUGGAACAUAAAGGUCAUAAGUUCCAGAAACUCGAGGACGUGGCUAAGAAACGACAAGAGGAGCUGGAGUCAUUGAUGCAAGCAGUCCAAACAAAUGCCCAACAACUGCGUCAGAGGCGCAUGUGUGAAGAAAACAGUCAAGAAGCUAUCGUGCAAGCUCAGAGAAAAACCAACUCUGAUGUCAACAAAUACUUUAAAAACAUGACAAGUAUUCUAAAUCAAAGAAAAGAACGUUUGUACCAAGACGUCGACCAAAGGAGUGAGACAAAGUUGGCUCUGUCUAAGAAGGAAGUGGAGAAGAUAGACAACACUCUUGCUGUUAUAGACUCAACUGAAACAUACUUUACACAGGCCAUGGAUACAGCUGAUAUUGUGGAAAUGCUGCAGAUGUAUCCUGCUAUCAAGAACAGACUGAAAGCAUCAGGUCAAGGUCAAGGUCAAGGACGAUCAAAAGCGACAGAACCUGCAGUGACAUUCUCUGCCUCAAAUGGAAAACUUGUCGAAAAACUGUUGUCAGAAGUAGGAUGUGUGAGAGAGUGUACUGGCACCCAGAUAGAAAGGAAGCAGCUUCUGUUGUGUUUCGAUGAAGUGGUCGAUGCUGCUUUACAAUAUAUGAGCAAGAAUGAACUUAUUAAGCAUUUAAAAGAGAAAGCCUCCACUACCAACUGCACUCCGAUUCUCACUGGAAAGAGGAAGGGCGUCUUUGAACAACCGAACUAUCGCAGGCGUCGCACAUCAAGUUCUCGUAAUGAAUGUUACAACUCCUAACACGGGAGAAGAUCUGUUCCGGUAACGACUACCCUGACCCUUGUCACUCAAGGGAAUCACAGCGUCCACGUGAGUGACCAACACCGACCAGUGUCCAUCAAAUCCAAAACAAACAUGAUGGUAGUUCCGGUUGUCGCUUCACCACCAUAUUCAAAAUAUUUCGAGAACACAAGCUCAGAUGAAAGCGAUUACUAAUAAUAUGCAUAUGCAUGGAUAUGCUCUGUCCCAGACUUGCUCAAUAAUUCAAGGUGUUAGUUGGACUUUCAUUUUUGCUUCACCACUAUAUACAAAACAAAACAGAGCACAAUCACAAAUGAAAACUGAAUUCUGAUAAUUUGUAUGUGCAUUGAAAUGCUCUGCACCAGACUUGCUCAAUAAUUCAAGGCUUCAGUUGGACUUUCUAUUUUAACUCAUUACCAAGGAUCCUGGAGACAGUCUAGCGUUCACAUUAUUGUGUUUCUACUCACAUGUAGUUUAGAUUCAACUUAAUCCAGUUUUAGAAAUGUAUAUUUUAAUAGUUACCAUUUAAUUGUCAUGAAUGACAAUGCAAAGCAACUUGGUAUGUGUUUGCACUGGUUUUGGGUUAUGUCAUCAUAUUUUGCUUGUUGUCUUUGUCAUUGUAUUGACAUUAUUUUGCCGUUGUUAUGUGACCCGAUAGGUGUGUUAACAGAGUACAUAAACUAUGAAGGAUGUAUCAUAAUACAUGUGGUACUUUGUUAUCAUAACUAAAGAUGGGAUCUCUGUUGACUGAUAGUCAUGUUAGUACUUGUCAAUGCUUUGAUUAUUAAAUAGUCACUGAG